AUGAGCCUCUCACUCAAGCACAUCCCCUGCCCGGCAGGCAACAGAUGCACCGCUUUCCAGUGCAUCUUCGGCCACGAAAAGGACAAUUUGAAGAUCAAUGAAGAGAGCACUGGCGAGCUAGAAAAGGAUGAAGCAUUGCCACCUCCAGAUAACGAUCGCCCAAGCAAGCGCUUAAAGGUCGACGCAGAGAACCCUUCCCUCUCAUCGCAAACUGGUGUAGCCUCUGAUGGUCGGACGGGGCAAAAGCCUGCCGGGAAUCAGAAACAAACUCUAUUGCAGAGUGUUACGCGUCCAAUCUCACCUCCUCCACUGAAGAGGAAGGCUGCUGCUUCCACUCAGAGCGCAAACGCUGCCACCACCAAGAAUCAGCAGCCGACUACGAAGCCAGGUGCUUCCAGCUCCAAGACGACUGUGCCAGCGAAGCUGAAGAAAGCCGAGUCACUCAAUCCUCGAUUACUCAAAAGCUCUCCAGCAAGUCAUGAAAUACGAUUAAAGCUACUCAGGCUUGUCCACCAGGAAUUCAAGCGUCUAAACGAGGAACUAAAGAAGACUGUAACCGACCAAGAGAAGAAGCUGCUUUUAUCCGACCAAGAUCUCAUUAUCCGAGCUCUCGACGAAGAGCAAGCUUGCGCCAUUGAAAAGCCAGCCGUGUAUUCCAACGUCAUGAAGAACAAAGUUAUGCAGUACAAGCGCAUGACGCCAGCUCAGUGGAAAGAAACCAGAGCUAAAGAGAAGCAGGAAGCUCAAAAGAAGCUUCAAAAAGACGACAUGAUUGAUGGAGAGCCUAGAAAGAUUGAGACUGGUCUCACGCACGCGCAGGAAGUGGAGCUAUUAAAACGUAUCCUUACACCACUUGACGAUAUGGGGAAUCACGGUUAUGUCCCUGCAGUUCCGACACAGGAACAAAUCAAGUCGGCCGUGGAUGGUAUGGAGGCAGCAAAAGGAUGGGAGAAGUGCGACCGCUGCCAGCAACGAUUUCAAGUCUUCCCUGGUCGGAGAGAAGAGGAUGGCGCCCUUACAACGGGAGGAGCAUGCAAGUUUCACUGGGGCAAGACUUACGUCCCAAGCAAGGCACCUGGUGAUAAAACAAGAGUACCCAAACGCUACCACUGCUGUGGUCAAGAAGUCGGCGACUCAGCUGGAUGCUUCACCCACGAGCAUCAUGUGUUUAAAGCGAGCGAUGCAAAGAGAUUGGCCGCCGUUCUCAACUUUGCAGAGACGCCGGAGAAUCCACUCGCGCCUAAGGACAGGGCCGUCUGUUUUGACUGCGAAAUGUGCUACACGGUCCACGGGCUUGAGUUGGUGCGCCUGACGGCUACCUCGUGGCCGACGGGAGAGGACUUGCUGGAUGUCUUAGUCCAGCCUCUGGGUGAAAUCCUGGAUCUCAACUCUCGUUUUUCUGGCGUCUGGCCUGAGGACCUCGCCGCAGCCGAAUCGUGGUCCGUCAACGACGAUCUCAAGCCAUCUAAGGACAGCGAUGAGACGGGAAGUGAGGACGGCGAGCUAAAGUCUAAGAAGAAGAAGCUCAAAAUCGUCUCUUCCCCCGAAGUCGCGCGAGACCUCCUCUUCUCGCUCAUAUCGCCAACAACACCCCUCAUCGGACAUGGCUUGGAGAAUGAUCUUAAUGCUAUGCGAAUCGUUCACCCAACCAUCAUUGAUUCCGUCCUGCUCUACCCGCACAAAAUGGGCUUGCCAUAUCGCCAUGGCCUAAAGACGCUGAUGAAUGUUCACAUGAACCGCAAGAUCCAGCAAGACACGGGACCAAAGAUGCUUGGCCACGACUCUGGCGAAGACGCUAGGGCAGCUGGGGAUUUGGUUCGCUUGCGGGUCAUGGAUGUGUGGAAUGAUAUGAAGAGAGUCGGCUGGCGGGUUGUUGAUGGUGAGGUUACCCCUCCUGAGGGCGAAGGAGGUGGUUUGACGGAAGCGUUUAUCGAGGGAAGCAAUUAA